CUGUAAGAAACGGAAUCGUGUCCAAAACAUUAUCAUUAAGAAAGUCGGGGGGCAAAGCAAGGGGGCCAAUAGUGGCAACUCAUCAUUCUGCAACCACGUAUUGAGAUGCAGAAAUCUUAAUGGGGGAACCUAAAGCACCUCAUGUUCUAGUCUUCCCAUACCCUGCUCAAGGUCACAUCAACCCCAUUCUCCAAUUCGCUAAACGCUUGCUCUCCAAAGGUGUCAAACCCUCCCUUGUUACCACCGUCUUCCUCUCCAACUCCUCCGACCUUACUUCCACCUCUAUUGAUCUCCACACCAUUUCCGACGGCUUCGAUGAAGGCGGCUACGAUCAGGCCGGAAGCGCCGAUAUCUACCUCCCAACUUUCUGGUCUGUUGGUCCCAAGAGCUUUGCAGCUUUAGUCAAGAAGCUUGGUGAAACCGGUCACCCUGUUGACGCCGUCGUCUAUGAUGGGUUCAUGCCUUGGGCACUCGAUGUCGCGAAGCAGUUCGGGAUACCCUCGGCGGUGUUUUUCACCCAAUCUUGUGCCGUCAACAGCGUCUACUACCAUGUUCGCAAGGGAAACCUUCAGCUGCCACUCCCGGCGACUCCUGUUUCUCUUCCGGGACUGCCUACGCUUCAAGUCUCAGAGCUACCUUCUUUUGUCUGUAUUUACGGAUCGUUUCCGGCCUGGUUUGAUGUGGUCGUGCAUCAGUUUUCUAACGUCGAUGGAGCCGAUUGGGUGUUUUUCAACAUCUUUUACGAAUUGGAGAAAGAGGCGGUGGAUUGGAUGUCGAAAUUCUGGAACGUGAAGACAGUAGGACCAACUAUACCAUCUAUGUACAUGGACAAAAGAAUCCAAAAUGAUAAAGACUACGGUAUGAAUCUGUUCAAGCCAAAUUUCAGUGCUUGCAUGAAUUGGCUAAGUGGAAAACCAAAGGACUCGGUGGUGUAUGUAUCCUUUGGAAGCUUUGCAUCACCCGGAAUCGAGCAGACGGCGGAGCUAGCUUCGGCUUUGAAAGAGAGCGACGCCUACUUCUUGUGGGUCGUCAGGGAAACAGAGAAGGCCAGACUACCAAAUAAUUUCAUUGAAGAGACCCGGGACAAGGGUUUGGUGGUGCCAUGGUGUCCUCAAUUGGAGGUCCUGUCUCAUGACUCGGUGGGUUGCUUUCUCACCCAUUGCGGUUUCAAUUCGGUUCUCGAAGCACUGAGUCUCGGUGUUCCGAUGCUGGCAAUGCCGGUAUGGACCGAUCAGCCUACUAACGCGAAGCACGUCGAAGAUGUAUGGCGAAUCGGAGUAAGAGCUCGUCUGGACGAGGAAGGAAUUGUGAGAAGAGAGGUAAUAAAACAGUGCAUAAGGGAAUUAGUGAUUGAAGUCGGAGAGAAAGGCAAAGAGAUCAAGAAAAACUCAAUCAAAUGGAAGAAUUUGGCUAAGAAGGCUGUUGAUGAAGGUGGAAGUUCAGAUAAGAACAUUGAUGAAUUUAUAGCUAAAUUGCUAUGAGUGUAGUACGUAACCUUUUUAUCUUAGAAUAAGUUAGGUUUUAAGACCGGUUGCAGAAUAAGAGCAUUUGAAUAUGUAGGUUUUUUUUUUCUUCUCUUUCUUGCUGAAUAAGACCACUUAAAUCUGGGAA